AUAAGUGCAGAAAUUUAGCCAAUUAGUUUGUGCGUGUUGUAGUUCUGAAAAGUUGAUAAAUGCCAAAUACAGGUAGAAUAACAUGUUCAACACCUGCCGCACAUUAUGUAUAAGUGUGCGCGCUGAAGUGCAAGUGCGAAAUCGCAACCAAAUGCUUUGAUCAAUGUUCCAAAAUGUUCGUAGCAGUCGAGUUGAUAUUGCCCAGCAAAGGACGGGCCUUCAAAUUGCCGCUAAUCAAUGCGCACAUAAAUACACAAUAUUAAAAACAUCUGCAUGCUCAAUUGCAUAGACAGACAUUCAGUUGUAAAAUAACUACUGAAACGCCACACACACACUUGUUUUAUAGCAGUAGUUAAUCUAUUGUAAAUAAACCGCACUGUGCUAUUGUGAAUGCGCACUGUUUUCGGUCACGUACGCCGAGCGUUGUUGUCGGCGAUUUGUUAUUUUGCGUAUGUAUAUUGCAACGUAUAGCAGCUGCAUUAAAAAGACAGAGUGUGUAAGAACAAUUGAAAAACAUUAGUUAACCCGUCCAGGCUGCUGUGCUGCAUAAACGCUAUGUAAAACGUGACACAUAUCUGCGGGGGAAAAGAUAUUUUACAGCACUCUCAAAAAUAUAAACACACACUCGCAGCUCGUAGCUAGCAGAAAGCAUUCAAUGAAACAAACAUCACACUGCAAAAUGUCUGACAUACCGCGCAUUAUGGUAUUCCGGCCCACCUGGGAGGAGUUCAAAGACUUUCCCAAGUACAUAGCCUACAUGGAGUCUCAGGGUGCCCACAAAGCGGGCCUGGCCAAGGUGGUCCCACCACCGGAGUGGGUGCCCCGCAAAAGUGGCUACAGCGAUCUCGAUGCACUUAAUGUAACCAUACCGGCUCCUAUCUGCCAAGUGGUGACCGGCAAGCAAGGUUACUAUCAACAGAUCAACAUACAAAAGAAACCACUGACAGUGAAGCAGUUCGGCGAGCUUGCUAGCACCGAACGCUAUGCCACACCCAAGCACUUCGACUAUGAAGACUUGGAGCGCAAAUACUGGAAGAAUAUCACAUAUGUGGCUCCCAUAUAUGGGGCCGAUGUGAGUGGUAGCAUCACAGAUCCUGAUCAGGAUAGUUGGAACAUCAAUCGACUGGGCACCAUACUUGACUUUGUGAAUAAAGACUAUAAUAUACAAAUUGAUGGAGUGAAUACAGCCUAUUUGUAUUUUGGCAUGUGGAAAACGACAUUUGCUUGGCAUACUGAGGACAUGGACCUGUAUUCGAUUAACUAUUUGCACUUUGGUGCGCCCAAGACGUGGUACGUGGUACCCCCAGAGUACGGACGUAAACUAGAGAAGGUGGCCAAUCAGUAUUUUCCGGCUAGCUACAAGAAUUGCAAUGCAUAUUUGCGACAUAAGAUGACGCUCAUAUCCCCGCAAAUACUCAAACAGCACGAUGUGCCGGUUAGCAAGAUCACUCAAGAAUCAGGUGAAAUAAUGAUCACAUUUCCAUUUGGCUAUCAUGCGGGCUUCAAUCAUGGCUUCAAUUGCGCCGAAUCAACAAACUUUGCCAUGGAACGCUGGAUUGAGUACGGGAAGCGUGCAACGCAAUGUACCUGCAGCAAUGACAUGGUCAAAAUCUCAAUGGACACAUUUGUAAAGCGUUUUCAGAGCGAACGGUAUGAGUCCUGGCUGGAGGGUCGCGAUGUGGGCAAGCAUCCAGAGGAUCCGCCCAAUGGCGUGCCCACACCGGCACCUCUACCCCCGCACCUGGAUGUCCUGCUAUGCGAUAAAAAAAUGAAGAAACAAUGCAAUCCUACAAAGGCGAAAAGUUUCAAAGAACGCAAUCCCGAUCUCGAUUUGGAUGAAAUACAACAGAAUCCUAAUGUGCCUGACGAUGUCAAGGCCAUGCUGAAGGAGAGCGCUUUGACGCUCGAUGCCAGCGAACUCGAGGGGGAGAACGAAUAUCAAAACGAGGAUGCCAUGAGUUUGCAGAGUCCGGCAGAUUUGAAGACACGACAGGAAUUGUUAGAGUACAUUGACGACGGAACAGAAGACGAUGAUGAGGAGGAGGAUUUCAAGCGACGCAAACAAAAGCGCAGAUACGAUGCCGACUAUGAUGAUGAUUGGCUGGCUAGCAAACGACGCACUCACUCAAGGAACAGCAGUCGUGGUCGCAGUCCGCGAGCCAAAGACGAUCGUUCCAUUUCACCGGCCUCAUCCACAUCAUCCACUUCUCGUGGAGGACGGGGUGCGCGAGGGGCUGGCAAAGUAGGCGGUAGUACGCCACGCAAAACUCCCACUAGGCGAAAAAAGGAUAGCAAAGCAAACAGUAGUAGAAAUUCCCCACUAGCAUCGGCAACAGCAGCAGCAGCCGCAUCACCAACAUCAACUUCUGGAGCUGCAGCAAUAACAACAUCUACAACUUCUACAGCAUUAGCGAAAGUGGCAGCAGAAGAAUCAGAAUUGAACACAACAGCGAGCGUUAAGAGCGGCGGCGGAGAUGCCAAACGCAGAAUCAACGAACAGCAGCAACAGCUGCAAUUCAUGCAACAGCCACGCAAAUUUGAAGGCAAAAUACCAAAACUAAGUCAACAAAGCAAUAUAGCAACAAUAUCGGCAUCAGCAACAACGCCACCCCCAUUGGCCACAUCCUCUAGUCAAGAACAGAAGCAGCAGCAAUUUGUCUAUACCACAAUGUUGCCAGCGGCCACCACACUAAAUGGCAUUCCUCAACAACAGCAACAACAACAACAGCAGCAUCAAGCGCCAUCUCCAGCGUCGCAACAACAAUACGGCGGUUGCAACAACAACAACAUGACCACCGAUGGCAACGUCUUUCAGCUGCAAAGUGAAAUACUCUGUGAUGCCAAUGGACAGGCCAGCUCGGCUACGGCCACAUAUCAAGCAACAGCCAGUCCCACACAUCAGCAACAGCAACAACAAAAUGUCGCCACAAGCACUGCAACAGUUACCGACAAUGUGGUCACAACUAUUAGUUCGUCCUCCAUCCUGCACCCGAACACCGGAGCGAAUGCGAUCACCACACAUGCCCAGCAACAGCCCCAGUACCACUACAUUACCACCACCGGCGAGGAUGGCCAGACACCAACAACCAUAGUGUUUGAGAACUACAACGGCGGCAUGCCCUCAGUGACGACGGCCGCCACUCCCGUGCCCCAAAACAGCACGACCACGACGGCGCUAGUCAACAGCGAUGGGACCAUUAUUGAGUUCGAUGGGAAUACAUACGAGGAGUACCACGUGCUCAAGAGCGAGCCGGGCAGUAGCGACUGUCUGAGCAACGGCAGCAGUGCCGUGGCCGCGGACAUAAUCAAAUAUGAGCCACAGCAUGGCAGCACGGACGACGACAACGCCAUUCAAGUGAAGUACGAGGAGCAGAGCAUGGAUCAGGAUCAAGAGUAUGAAGAGUAUCAGGUGAUCAAAACCGAGGCGGAGGAAGAAGCGGAGCAGGCGGUACCCGGCACAACUACGUAUACGAUAACGACGACCACUCAUGAUGAGCUUAACGAUCAGACCAUAACCGAGACUGUGUCCAAUGUGGUAAACAACUCAGGUCUGCCAAAUAUACUGCCUAAGACAGCCAGCAACGUUGUCAAGCAGAAGCGUAAACGCAAGACGCGUGUCAUUGCCGAGGACGAACAGGGCGAGUACCUAGAGAAGAUGAGCGUGCGUGGUCUCGACAUUGCUCGCUACGAACACAUUAUCGAUGGUGUUGCCUACUGCCUGGUGUGCGCCAAAAAUGAUAUUUUUAAGACGUUUAAGAACAAGUACAGUUUCCAACGGCACGCCUAUCUCUUUCACGAGGGUCAGAACCGCAAGAUCUUCGCCUGUCCCAUCUGUAAUAAAGAGUUCUCACGUCCCGACAAAAUGAAAAUGCACAAGAAAGACAAGCACGGUGACGUGCCCAUGCCCGUGUCUACACAAACAACGCCAAACAAGCCGGAAGCGGGCACUCCGGGGGCCAAGCGUUCACGUACCUCCCGCACACCACGUUCACGCAAACCCAAGGUGGGCGACAGCACUACGCCUGCAACGCCCAGUGCCACGAAAAAGCGUCUGGCGCAAAUCGACCGUGUGCUGGACGAUGUGCAAAACUCUGACGUGGUGCCGGUGACGACGCAACAGACAGUUACGCCGCCACAGCAACAGCAACAACCUCAGCAGCUGCAGACGCUGCCCUCCCUCGACUUCAGCGGCAUGAUCCUACCGGGUGGAGCGCAACUGGCAUUGGCUAAUCCGGGGGCCAGUAGCACUAUGACCCUACAGCGCGGUUCCACCACGCCCAGUGGUACCCAGGCAGCGCAACCCACUACUACGCUCAUUUAUUCCAACCAGUUGGAACUGCAGCAGGCCCUGCUACAGCAACAACUGCACGGUCAGAGCAUCAUGAUUCAGGAUCAGGCGGGCAACCUGGUGCCUCUGCAGCUGGAUGGCACGCAGACGAUUUACGCAACGACUCCACAACGACCGCAGGCAACAACGGCCACAUAUCAGACGACAAGCCAACAGCAACAACAGCAGCAGCUUCAGCAGCAGUUGGUAGUGCAGCAACAGCAGCAGCAACAGCAACAACAGGUCCUUAAGGUGCCUACUAGUCAGCAGGCUCAGCAACAGCAGCCGCACUACGAGCUCGACAACGUGGCCUAUCUCACCUCGACGACGGCUGCUACGCCCGCCUUGCCAACUGCCGCAGAACAGCAGCAACAGCAACAACAGCAGCAGCAGCAUGUCAUCGGAACCGUGCAAAGCUAUCAGAUAUUGACGCCUGAUGGCCUGCAAAGCUUCCAGCCUAAGCUUGAGGCGACGGAGUUGGGUGACUUGUGUCCCUACUCGAUGAGCGCCACAGCCACUCCUCAGUACACGUUUACGACGCACGCGAGUGCACAACAGACAUUGAACGCGAAUGCGCUGGACACCCAGCAGCAGCAGCAACAUCAUCAGCAACAGUCGUCGGCGCAUCUGCAACAGCUUCAGCAGCAGCAGCAACAGUUUGCCCACAAUCCGCAUCAGCAAUUCAUGGAGCUGAAGAACGAGCUGCUCAUCAAGAGCAGCGAUGCUUAUGCGCUGGAUGCCGCCUCCAUGUACCACCUGCCCUUCUCGCCCACGUCGAUGAUCAAUGCGGUGAACGAUGUGAACACGUCGUCGCUGCUGGAAACCAAAGAGAUUAGCAGUGGCAACGACACCACCGCAAGCACCACCAGCGUCUGUGUGAACACCACCAAUGGCCUCAAAGUCGCCACCUCAAACGGCAGCAACAGCAGCAACAACAAGAAGGCACCUGUCAUACUGCUGACGCGUGGAAACGCUGGCAACAGUAACAGCAGCGGCAAGCCCCAUAUCCUGAAUGGCAAUAUCGGCAAUAAGUCUGUGGCAUCUUCGCCGCCAGCGGUUACAUUGCUGCGCGUCAACUCGUCGGCAACGAACACGACUGGACGCUGCCGUUCGACAAACACAGCCGCUCCUAAUGGCACCACCGUCAUCAUCACGCAGGAUGCCUCCAGUAUUUUGCAGCAGCAGCAGCAGCAGCAAGCAGCUCAACUGGAAGAACAGUUCGUUGAUGAUGAGGAGGACGAUGUCGAUAAUGAAGAUGACGAUGCGGCGGCAUUGAACGCACUCUCUUCCACAACUGCCCAAAUCCUGCGCAAGUUCCGCAUACCGAAGGGCACUGCGCUGACAGCUAAGCAGAGUGAGCAACUGCAGCAGCACAACAACUAUUUAGCUAUGCCCACACCCACACCCUCUCCACCUGCCAUGGGUGCGGCCACUGUCGAUGCAGCCACCUACAUUGAUGCUACCGAUAAUACGGAAGAUAUCAUCGAAGAGCUCAACGAGGAUGAUUUAGUCGAGGAGAUCAUCGAGGAGGACGAAGAUGAGGAGCCUCAAGAGCAAUUGGUGGCACAAAACGACAGUGAUGGCAUCCAUGACACCUGCAACACUGCCCCGACCGCAAUGACAACAGCAUCAGCCACCAUGUUACUGCCAACCCAGCAACAACAGCAGGAGCAACCACAGCAGCAACCGGCACUUCAAUUGCAAACGGUGGCCCCCAACGGCACUGUGACCUGCUUUAAUUUGCCACCAAAUACGAUAUUACUACAAUCACCGGAUGGCAGCAUUAUAGCAGCGACCACAGCGCCUCAUCCCAGCAAGGCCGGCCAUCAGCAACUCAUAGCGCUUCCCGAUUGGCCCUGCAAUGCGACCGCGCUGGGCGAGACGGUUGCGGCUCCACAACCGCAGCCAACAGCCCCAGCCACACAAACGCUGCUGCUCACUGCCGACGGAACUGCCAUUCCUAUAAUGGCGCAACAGCAACAACAGCAGCAGCAGCAGCAGCAACAACAAGCCGCAGCUGCGGCUGCCGCACAGCUCUUCGCUGCGUAGGGUUUAAUGGGUGGCCAAUUGGGUCGAUUUUUGAACAAUGCCACCAUUAUGCCAACCACUUAUUUCUUCUAACCGUAUUAAUUAAUUGAAGCACAAAGUUGGCCGCCUUGCAACAUGUGGCAUGUUGGAAAGCAACGCAACUUUCUUGCAUCCUAAAAUCGUAGAGUUUUUAUAUACUGCAACAAUUUAUUUUUAACUGGCAAGAAAAAAAUCGUCACAUUUGGCCACCGAAAAGCGUUGCUAACUUAAAAAGUCUUACUGAACAUUUAUGAAGAAACAUAGGAAAGUUAAGUUUAACUUACAAUUCAUAAAUUCAAUAUUACCAUUACCGUGCAUACUUCGUUGUUGUUGCACAUAACAUUUAUUUUUCUAUUGACCUAAAAUUUAUAUGUAACUCAUUAAGAAUGCAAAUUUUGCAAAUGUUGUGUGCAGUUUCUAAUCAAACGUUGUCUACACCCGCAAUAAAAGUGUUGUAAAGUAUCAAAUGUACAUUUUAUAUAAACAAUAACAUAAAAACGAACUAACUUAUUGUUAGCUAUAAGUCAUAUUGUUAAGUGGAAGGCAAAAGCAAAAUCGAUGGUUUAUCGAGAGACACCCGAACCCAGUUAAAUUUUUUGUCACCGUUAACAAAAGUUUGUACAGCGCAGGACAAAAAUAAUGUUAAGAUAUAGAACCUAGCUUAAUUAAAACUAUGGCAAUUAACUUUUCAUUAUGUAUUGAAACCACACUACUCGUAACAUUAUUUCCGCUUAAUUGCUAAAUAUGUACUAAAUACGAUAAUAACUUACUAUAUGAUUUUGUUCCUUUGCAUAACAAUGAAAAUGAGAAAGCAAAAAUCAACGCAAUCUUGUUGGCAACCAUUUUAUUUAAUGUAUUUCAUCUAGCAUUUUCGUAUUUCCUAACUAAGUCAGUCCACCCAUAACUUAUUCUGCUUGUUACUUUGUAUACAGCAAAAAACACUAGUUUUUAUCAUUGUUUAACGUGUUGUAUUUUUUCUAUGAAUAUAUAUAUAUAUAUAAUAUAUAUGUAUAUAUGAUAUUUUCAAUUUUGUUAUGCCAUUUAUAUAUGCGUUGAUUGCUAAACAAACCACAUAAUAAUAUUUAUCAUACAUAAAUACAUAUAUGAAAAGCAUUAAAGCGUAGCACUGACUUAAGUUGUUCUAAGCGGCACAUAGUUAAGCAAAGUAUUUUUUCAUAAAGCAACCAAGCAACUACUUAAGCAAAGCAGUUUAAGCCUUUAUAUUAUAGACACACUAUUAACCUUACUUGCGUGCAUACAAAUAUACGAGUAUGUCAUCAUCAAUCGAAGACAGAGGAUACAAGCACUUUUUUGUUUUAUGUAUAAACGUGAAUGAAAAAGUGAGUCAAACUUUUUGUAAGAUAAACAUUUAGUUUAAGACAAAAGCGAUGAAUCAAGCAAUUAAUUAAGAGACAUUAUUAGCAUACGUAUGUAUA